AUGGUCAGUAGGACAGAGGGUGACAUUGAUGACUCGCUCGUUGGUGGCAAUGCCUCCGCGGAAGGCCCAGAGGGCGAAGGUCCCGAAAGCACAGUAGUGGCUGGUGUUGACAUUGUCGUGAACCGUCAUUUGCAGGAAACCAGCUUCACAAAAGAAGCCUACAAGAAGUACAUCAAAGAUGACAUGAAAUCAAUCAAAAGGAAACUUGAAGAACAGAGACCGGAAAGAGUCGCACCUUUUAUGACAGGGACCGCCGAACAAAUCAAGCACAUCCUUGCUCAUUUCAAAAUCUACCAGUUCUUUAUUGGUGAAAACCUGAAUCCAGAUGGCACGGUUGCUCUGCUGGACUGCCGUUUGGAUAGUGUGACCCCAUAGGUGAUUCU